AUGAGUGGCACUUCGGCUGCUACUGAUUGGCGUAUUCAAUUAACACGAGAACAUCGUGCUAAUCUCAUUGCUAAAAUUUACAAUGAAAUGGUGCGUGUAUCAUCAGAUCCAGUACCUGGGAUUAAACUCUGGAUGAAUGUUUCGUGGUAUGAAUUAUCACUCUAUAAAGAGUCGCCUACUCAAGAGAUUUACAUUAAUAAGAUUUUUACAAGACUUAAGUCAUUACGAGCUCAGCAAUCAGAUAUGAAUGCAGCUAUGGCAGCUCAGAGACUGCCUAAUCAGGGCAUGCUCUUUCGACUUGAUUUUUCGUACUAUAACACACUCAAUAUGAGUCAGAGAGAUGCUAAUGGAAAUCAUGUGCGAAGCUAUCCAGGACAUAAUCAGUUUAGUACUCCUGGACCUCAUGUAGGAGCUCAGCCACAACAGGGACAAGAAAAACCAGUGUCUGUUUCACAUACCCCACCAGUAAAGUCAGAAACGAGUACGACUGUAAAUUCUGUGGCCGAGUACUGGCAACAGCAUGCAGCACUACGAGCAAAACAUCAGGCUGAUGUGGAAAAGGUACAUAGUGCUUUCAAGAAAUAUGUGGAUCAUAUGAAAGGACACGAUGAGACAGAGCAGAAGAAAAAGUUGCGGUAUCUCCUUAGCUAUGUGGAACUCUGUGCAAGCAUCUUGAGCGAGGAAAAAGCAACUCACAAGGCACGGAAGAUUGAGGAAUUGGACAAGGUGUUUAAGUACAUUGUGAAGAUCGUGAACCCGUACUUAAAGAAACUUCGGACGGAGACAGACAAGCGUAGUUACCCAGGUAGCGAUAGCAGCAGUGCCGGCCCAAGUAGCCAGCACAUUUCGCCACCUGACUCUAGUGCUGGUACUUCUUCGGCCACGACGACAAGUGCUGGAUCCACUAUACCAGGCAGCAAUUCGAGUGGCUUUAGCAGCGCCAUGACACAGCUGCAGCCCGCCGGGCAGACUCAUCAACAAAGUGCACCUACGCAGCAUUCGGCGAUGACGGUGCAGCAGAAACAGCAGCACUAUAUGAUGCAGCAACGUGCUCAACAAAUGCAGCAGCAGCAGCAGCACACCAACAACAACAACACAUGCAGAUGCAAGCACGUCAACAGCAAAUGA